UUGGAAUUCUUCAAGAAAAUAUGAGCAUCUCAGGGCCUUGAGUUACCAGUUUGUUGUGGGCCCCUAGGCUUCCCAUGACUGCUGAGGGUCAAAAGGAAAAGUUGUAAAUCCUACAGUGUUUCCUAGUUGUUAAUAUCUCAUCCUGCUUUCACCCUGUGACUCAUGUUCUUUGAGUUCUGUUAGGUCUUGUGUAAGGAGGUGAAAUUUUUUUUUUGUUUCUUUGAUUUUAAUUUCUGGUAUGUGCUCUGAGUGUUUUAGUUCAUAAAGAUAGAAAGACUAAGACUGGAAUUCGUCACGGAGUGUAGAGAGAGAUCAAUGUGUUGGAAGUGUUGUUAAAUCUGUGACACAGGAUGCAAUCAGGAAGGGAAUGUAGACAGUGGUGGAAUGAAGCUGAUGCCUAAACGCUAGAGUAAAACUUGGAACAACACAAAACCUUGUGUCAGAUCCCUGUGAAUUCUGAGUUCCGCAGCACUCUCAGCUUCACCUUUUGCACACAUUGGAGUACAUGGUAUCUUGCUGAACCAGACUAUAUGGGGUAUUUUAGGACUCAGUGGUCAUUGAGGAUGUGGCCGUGGAGUUUACCCAGGAAGAGUGGGCUUUGCUGGAUCUUGCUCAGAGGAAACUGUACGAAGAUGUGAUGACGGAAACCUUCAGAAACCUGUCCUCAGUAGUUUCUCAAAACCUUAGUGAUGGAGAAAAGUUAUCCAGUGAAUAUCUAAUAGUAAAAUUCAUGAAGAAUGACACCUGGUCCUCCAUGUUAGGAGAUAUUUGCAAAUUGCGUGGCCUUGAAGAUCAGCAUAAAAAUCAGGAGAGACAUAUGAGAAAGCCUGUGGUAAAGAACCUGUUUGAAAAUAAUCAAGAAAAUCAAGGUGGAAAAACCUUCAGAUGGACGAAUCUUACUGUGUUCAAAAGAACUCCUACUGUUGUAAAUUCUUCUGAAUGCCAUGAGUGUGGAAAAUCCUUCGUCAACCACUCAUCCUUUAAGCAUCAUAUCAGAUCUCACUCUGGUUGCAAUACUUAUCAAUAUAAGAAAUGUAGAGAAGCCUUCAGUUGUCCCUCUGACCUAAGCAGUCCUGAGAGAACUCUUAUUGAAGAGAAACCCUAUAAAUGUAAGGUGACAGCACUCACUGGAGAGAAACCCUAUGAAUGUAGCACAUGUAAGAAAGAUUUCUGUAGUUUCUCAUCCUUUCAGACACAUGAAAGAGGUAAGUGCGAACGUAAAGAAUGUUGGAAAACCUAUCCCUCAUCAUUCCUUUUACAUAAAAAAUUUCGUAGUGGAGAAAUGCCUUAUGAAUGUAAAGAAUGUGGGAGAGUCUUCAGUCAUUCCUCAUCCCUCACUAUACAUGUAGGAACUCACAAUGGAGAGAGGCCUUAUAAACGUAAGGAAUGUGGGAAAGCCUUUAGUCAGUCCUCAGCACUCACUUCACAUAUAAGAGUUCACACUGGAGAGAAGCCUUAUGAAUGUAAGGAAUGUGGAAAAGCCUUUAGUCAUUCCUCAGCCCUUUCUACUCAUAUAAGAGUUCACACUGGAGAGAAGCCUUAUGAAUGUAAGGAAUGUGGGAAAGCCUUUAGUAGUUCCUCAUGCCUCACUAGACACGUAAGAACUCACAGUGGAGAGAGGCCUUAUGAAUGUAAAGAAUGUGGGAAAAGCUUUAGCAAUUACACAUCCCUUACUCAGCAUAUAAGAACUCAUAGUGGAGAAAGGCCUUAUGAAUGUAAGGAAUGUGGGAAAACCUUUAGUCAGUCCUCCCACCUAACUAGCCAUGUAGGAACGCACAGUGGAGAGAGGCCUUAUGAAUGUAAAGAAUGUGGGAAAGCGUUUAGUCGGGCUUCAUCCCUCACUAAACAUGUAAGAACUCACAGUGGAGAGAAGCCUUAUGAAUGUAAGGAGUGUGGGAAAGCCUUUAGUUGUUCUUCAUCCCUCAUUAGACAUAUAAGAACUCACAGUGGAGAGAGGCCUUAUGAAUGUAAGGAAUGUGGGAAAGCCUUUAGCGAUUACUCAACCCUCAGUCAACAUAUAAGAACUCACAGUGGAGAGAGGCCUUAUGAAUGUAAGGAGUGUGGAAAAGCCUUUAGUUGUUCCUCAGCCCUCACUAAACAUAUAAGAACUCACAGUGGAGAGAGGCCUUAUGAAUGUAAGGAAUGUGGGAAAACCUUUAGUCAUUCCUCAGCCCUUGCUACACAUAUAAGAAUUCACACUGGAGAGAAGCCUUAUGAAUGUAAGGAAUGUGGAAAAACCUUUAGUCAUUCCUCAGCCCUUGCUACACAUAGAAGAGUUCACACUGGAGAGAAGCCUUAUGAAUGUAAGGAAUGUGGAAAAGCCUUUAGUCAUUCCUCAGCCCUUGCUACGCAUAGAAGAGUUCACACUGGAGAGAAGCCUUUUGAAUGUGAAGAAUGUAGGAAAGUCUUCAGUCGUUCCUCAUCCCUCACUAUUCAUAUAAAAACUCACAGAAAGCCUUAUGAAUUUAAGGAAUGUGGGAAGGCCCCUAGUAAUUUUUAAGACCUCACUAGACAUAUAAGACACAUAGUGGAGAGGGAACUUUGAAAUGUACGGAAUGAGAAAGCCUUUAGUGAGUCGUCAUUUGCACUGGGCAAAUCUGCAAAAGACCUCUUUAAAGUGUUAAAAAGCAAAGAUAACACUUUGAGGGCUAAGGUGCGCCUGACCAAGCCAUGAUAUUUUCAAUCACCUCAUGCAUGCAAAAG